UUCUUGCAUUCCCAUUUCCUCGAAUCCUCGCUCAUUUCUCGUCGUGUCGUAGCCGAGGUCGCACUUUGUGUCGUUUUGUCCGUGUUCGUAACGCGUUUGUUAAGUGUAAGCAACUAAAAGAAAAAAUGGCUACGGAAGUCGAAAAUAACGCACCCACCGCCGAAACUAAAGAGAUCAAGGAGGAAAAGGAGACGCCAAAGGUGGAAGAGACGAAAAAAGAGGAAGCUGGGGCGGGCGAUGCUCCCAAAGAGAAAGAAGUUAAGGAACCGGCUCCUCCCAAAUCCACGGUGCAUAAAGCGAAUUUCGAGAAGGACGUUGUUUAUUUGUAUCAAUUUUCGCGGACGCCCUUGCUCCCCUCUAUGAGUCCUUUCUGUCUCAAAGUUGAAACAUGGCUCAGAUUGGCCGGGAUUAAAUUCGAGAAUGUUGAUCACAAGAUGAAAUACAGAUCCAAGAAAGGUCUUUUACCAUUUGUCGAACUUAAUGGAGAAGAAAUUGCAGAUAGCGCCCUGAUUAUUAAGGAACUCAGUCAAGUAUUUAACAAAGAUUUGGAUGCAUAUUUAACACCAGAACAGCGAAAUUUGUCGCACACCACAAUAAGCAUGAUUGAGAAUCAUCUGUCUUGGGUUGUUAUGUGGUGGAGAUCCAAAUAUCCGGACAGCGUUUUAAAAGGGUAUAGAGUAAACCUCCAACAUGCUCUUGGAACAAGAAUACCCAACGGAAUAUUGAAUUUCUUCUUUAAAUUUGCCUAUGGAAGAAAGUGGUUCCAGGGUUCCAAGAAGGUCAAGGCCCACGGUAUCGGCGUCCACACUCCGGAAGAAAUCAUCAAGUUCGGAAAGGAGGACCUUGAAGUACUUUCAGAUACAUUGGACGACAAACCGUUCUUCUUCGGGGAUGAGCCUACGACUCUUGACGUAGUUGCUUUCGCGCACUUAGCUCAGAUAUACUUCCUGGACAAGGAAGUCGAAUGGGAACUCCGUGAUUUUAUGACCGAAUGCUGUCCGAAUUUAGUAGGGCAUGUUAACAGGAUGAAGGAACGUUGUUUUCCGGAUUGGGAUGAUUUGUGCAGCACAUUGGAUUUGAAUUCGCAUCUUCCCAAGAAGGAGGAAGAAUCGAAGGACGAGAAAGAAGUAGCCAAGGACGAAAAAGAAGGCGACAAAGAAAAGGAACCCGAAGAUAAAGAUAUCGAAAAGGAAAAGGAAGAAGCCAAAGAAAAGGACAAGGCUUUGAACAAAGAAUCAGAAGAAAAUAAAGAGAAAGAAGCCGCGAAAUAAAAAAUCGACUAAGUCCUUUGCUAUCUAUUUCUUUUCAUCACUUUCUGUGGAAUCUCAUCAUCUAUUAUAUAUUAGUUAUAUUAAAUUGUUCUCUCUCUCUCUCUUGAUUGUCUGAUUUAUGUGCAACAUUUAGUUUGUAAGUUCAUGAAUCUAUUUUUUUAUUAGUUUACUUGAAAUGGAGACGAGUAAAAAUAACUUUUCGAACUUCAUUAUUAUUGUAAAGUGCCAUUAUAUGGUAUAUAAACCAUCCCUCAUUGUUAACCCAAGAAUUCUUACUCUACAGCAUUUGUCUUGAUUGAAAAAUACUCCACUCCAUACCAGUAUAGCAGACUUUUUUAGCUUGAUGAAUAUAAUGGAUUUUUUAAUAAAAGUUUUAUAUUAACUGCUAGUUAUUAUUAUUGUUUGUAUAAAUAUUUUAGCUAGGUUUUUAAAUGUAAGCAUGUAUGUUUGAAAGGAACUUUACUUAGCUUCUUUCUUGGUUAUGUAAAGUUCUCAGAUUUUUAAGCUAAGUUCUUGAGAAUUGAUGCAUUUUUAAUUUUAAGGGCUUGAUAUAUUUUUAAUUGUGAAAAAAACAUUAUCGUCUUAGCAUUGUUGAUUGACCCGAAAUGAAGUAAAAAUAUUAAAGCGCUUGAAAUUUAAAAUUGUUUUUCAAGGAUCUUGUGUGUAACUUUACAUGUUAGUGCAGUCUCUAAUAUACGUACGACAUUAUUAAUAUUCCGUAUUUAGUAAUACAUAAGUAGUACAUUUAUUCAUUGAUUAUAUCCAUUCCACAUUUUUUACCAUCGCGUUUAAAGAAAUCAACGUAGAAAAGCUUUUGUGAAGAAUCAGUCCAGUGGGUAGUGUGUGUAUGAUGUAUAAUUUUUAGAUUUUUUAGUGAAUUUUUAAUAAAAUAAAAUCAAAAAUGCAACGAGAAUUAAAAAUUAAGUAACAUCAUGGUUCAGUUUCAAAAAAAUUAAUAACGCACAUUAAGAAUAAUCAAAAAAGGCUUAUUAACAGUGGCGGCUCGUGAGGGAGAACUCUCCUCCAAGAAUUUUCACAUCCGCACACAACAUACAAUAACCCAUAUUUUAUUAUUUGAAAUAUACUUGUUUUAAAUACGUCUACCUAAAUAUAAUAUUUCCAUGCGUAUUAACUCGAUUCUCCAAAACUAUUUCGAGGUAAGUCUAAGUGAUUGUGAAAACAGCAAUGAGCGUGAUUUGAAAAAACUGGUUUUUAGCCAUUUAAGUUUAGAAGCAAAAGUGGAAUUUUAGAAUAACGAACGUCCUACGCCGGUAUUAAAUAUAAAUCAAACACAAACAGCGUGGAAAAGCAGACUCGUUUUUAUGAGUAAAGUCUCUUUGAGAAAAUGGGCUACUGUGAAAUAUGUCAAAGUAAGCUGAUCGUAUAGUUGCAUGAGAUAUAUCGUGGGCGUACAAGGAAAACCCUGUAAGUCCUAAAACUAAAAAUGUGGAAAAAAGCGAUUUUAAACUUUUUAUGUAAAAUCCAAUUUUAUUUUUUAUGUUUGCUAAAUGCAUUUUUUGGGUACUAACAUCUGUUUAGAGUUAGUUUGGUUAAAUUAAAAUACAUUAUUUUUUAAUACAAAUUAUUUAUUAGCGUUUUAAAUAAUAAUUGCACUUAAUGGGUUUUCGCUGACAAACUAAUCACAUUUUUUGAGACUUAUCAGAUUUUUCUUCAUAAACUGUAUUAGUUUUUCUGAAGAAAGAUAAUGAGAAAGAGGCUCAUUGUCGGAAUCGGAAUCAGUUUCUUCAUCGGAAAUUCCAAUACUGGCUUCUUCAAUAUUUUUUGCAGUAGAAAGAGACUGGUACCACCCAUGGAAUUCCGAAGGAAUAGCACCACUUUUGCAUAAUUUCAAAAGAUCUUUUUUCUUUGUGCUUAUCGGUAAAGGGCCUUUAUAUAGUUUCUCUAAUUUUUUUUGGAUUUGCUGGUGGUCUACCUUUUCCCCAAAUUCUAAUAACCUUAUAAUCGCUGCUAUGUUCGUAUUUAUAUUCGAUAAUAUCAGGAUGCAAUUUCGAAUACCGCAAACUUAUUGGACUAAACUUAUUAUUGGAUUUUUUUGUGAGUGUCAAAUAAUUUAUAAAUUAAUUAAGUGCACUUAAUAGAUUUUUCCUGAAUAAUAUUUAGUCUCUCCGGACUUAAUAACUUGGAAGCUAGACGUAUCUCUUCAAUUUGAACUAUAUUGGACUUAACGGGCAUUUAGUAUGAUAGGUUAUAUUUAAAUGGACUUGGCUAUGCAAAAAAACGAUUUUUUUGAAAAAAGUGGACUUACAGGGUUUUCUUUGUACGCCCACGAUAUAUUCAUGCAGAUUAUUCUUAUUAUUAUUAUUAUUAUUAUUAAAACAUGUGUAUAAUAGAUACAUUUUUAAUUUCAAUAUUUAUGUUUGUACACCCAAAUAUUAUUUUUGUGCUCCCUCCCCUAAAACCAAACUCGCGAGCCGCCACUGCUUAUUAAAAAAAAAACACUCCCACCAACUGAUAAGAGAACCAAAUAGGUAAAAAUAAAACAUAACCUGUAAUUAACACUUCAGUAGUUUUUGUAUCCUUAAGGCCACCUAAUUCUUAAACUACGCUGUGUAAAAUUGUUGGACCAUUUUUUCAAAAUUAACGUUUUUUUUUUAUUAGGUUUCAGUUUAAUUUGGCGCGGUUUAAUUAUUGCAAUUAAGAACAUGAUUUCCAAAUGACGACGCUCUCUGUUUCAUAAAACGAUCCGGCCAAAUUAAACUCAUUAAAUAAAAAAAAAAUUAUGAAAAGCUCAAGUAACUAGCAAGAUUUUUUUUUUUUAGUUUUAUUUAGUUUAAUUUUAGUUAAAAUAGGUUCGACUUUCAAAACUGUGUUGUAUGCUAAUAUGCUAUAAUUGAAUAAAUAUAAGUUCAUAUUUUAAGUUUUAA